AUGGAUCAAAUGAAGUUUCUUGAGGUAAUCCUGGCGAUGCUACUUGUGGAGCUGCUGGGGGAUGAAACUGGGAAGUGGUUGAUAGGAUUUACUCAGCAUAUUAGCCAUGAGACAGCUCUUUUAGCUGAACUCGGGUGUUUUAUGGGAAAUCAUGCGCGCAACAAAAUCAUUGACAGUGAUUGA